AUGAAGGCUCUUUUUCUUUCCAUUCUCUGGCCUGCUGUAGCCAGCGCUGCCGCCUGCAAACCUGAACCCCCCAAAUCGAAAACCGCCUGCAAGCUGGCUGCCGUUGACAACGUGGAUCUGAGUGUCGGCUUCAACUACAAUGGCGACUGUGCCCCAAGCACCGGAACUCUCAACGGCUUCAUGAUGUUUGUCGACUUUUCAGAUGCCGAACCCGCUCAAGGCGAAACCCCCCAAUCGCUCUACGAUGCAGUGGUUCCCCAAACCACCGAAUGGUACAAGCAGGCCUCUCAAGGGGCCCUGUCUUUCAAUGUCACGGCUGAUCUGUCGAAAUUCUACCGCAUGCCUACAUCUGCUGCAUCUUAUGGCUGGGAGCGAGGUCUCACAUGGGCAGAACACCAGGACUACAUCCAGGAUGCCCUCGACGCCUAUACCGCCAAAGGCACUCGCCCUCCACCCCCCGAGUCGGACGUCCUCUAUGUUGUUCCCGUUAACAGCGCCGGUGGCAGAGGAAUCUCUCGAUCCAUCACCUUUGUUACACGAGCCAACACCAGACAGGGUGAUUACGUCGCCAGGAAGACCGUCACCGUUGCGACUGACGCAUUUACAACAUGGGGUCCGAAAAGCUGGAUUGCGUUGGCUCAUGAGACGGGCCACACCAUGUGCUUGGCCGACUUCUACCCGUUCGAAGAUCUCGGCCUGGGUUACUACGUCGGUGGCUGGAGUGCCAUGGGUGACGUCUCUGGUGUUGGCCCUGACUUCUUCGCCUGGGACAAGUGGCGCCUGGGUUGGCUCAACGACGAGUCCAUCGACUGUGUUUCGGAGCGAGGAACUACUGAGCACACUCUUACACCGCUAGAGCUCAAAACUUCCGACAAUGAAAUCAAGGCCGUUGUCGUCGCCGUCAACCAAACCUCAGCACUUGUCGCCGAGGCCCGCAUCCCCGAGGGUCUUGACUCAGGCGUCUGCGCCCCAGGUGUCCUGCUCUACACGGUCGACACCUCGGUCAAGUCAGGCUAUGGUCCUGUCCGCGUUCUGGAUGUGACCCCCGGAUCAGGCGGUUGUGGUACUGAUAGUGUUUAUGACAAGAAUGAUGGAACGCUGUCCCUGGCUCCCGGUGGAGUAAGCUCGUACAAGGUUCCUGGCUGGGGAGUCGAGGUUACGGUGGUCAAGCAGACGGAGAAGAGUUAUACCAUUCAAAUUGACGCCGAGUUUUAG